UAGAAAAUCUUGUCAAUGAAGUACUUGUACUAUCAAAGUGGAUUAGUGCUUCUUCAAUUUUAGGUUAUUCAUGAAUGAAAGAUUUUUUAAACGCUUAUUGUUAAUACAUUUUUGAAAAACUGAAAGGCUCAAUUCGAGUUUGGCACUUUUUUGUUUCACAUUGUAUCCGAUAGAGGAACAGCUUCAGUAAGAGGAACAAUAACAAUAACAAAUCGUGACAUAGGUAAUUUACCUGUACAGCUCUCACUUGUAAACAUAUGUCUGUUUUGUUGUAUCUCUGUGGUAAAGAUUAAAGUUUUACUUGAUAGAAUCUUAAGUCAAUUGCGAGAUUACUACUGUAUUUUGUGAAUGGAAAGAGGAAAAGUUCCAAAGAAGUGGAAAAUAAACAUAUGGAUUAGUUUAUACUAAAGAGUACUGGUUAUUCAAUUAGCUCUUAAUACUCCUUUCUGAUCUCUGUUACAUUUUUUUGGCAUAUCCAACUCUAAUUGUGCGUCUAAUCACUGAUUUGAAAAAUUGAUUAUUUGUAUUUCCCACGUUUUUAUCUAAGUUUUGAUCAGUUCAACUAUUUGCAUGUUUAUUAACGAUCCUUUUUUGACAUCGUUACAUUAAUUUUAUAUUAUAAUUGUUCUAACCUUGUGAUGGAAGUCGAUACAACAUCAUUGAUACAAUACGAUGGACCAAAGUUUCCUCGCUAUUAUUGGGCUGCUGUUGGAGCCUACCUGGGCUCACUAUCGAUCGGAACAGCACUUGGUUACUCAUCAACAGCUUUACCUGGUAUGAAAUUACAAUCAAGCCAACUGAUUCUCACAUCAAAGUCUCUUCAGUCAUGGUUUGCGAGUAUCCUUGCUUUGGCCGCUCUUUUCGGUGGUAUUAUUGCUGGUCAAAGUAUCGAAAAGAUUGGACGACGAUUAACUCUGAUGCUACUCUCUGUCCCAUUUGUCGCUGGUUGGCUUUGUAUUGCUUAUGCAACAAAAGUUCAAGUUUUACUCAUUGGUAGAGCUCUGACUGGUUUCAGUUGUGGUGGCUGUACAUUAGCUUGUUCAAUUUUCAUCAGUGAAACUGUUCCUACAAAUCGUCGUGGUUUAAUCGGUUCUGGUUUUCAACUUUUUGUUGGUGUUGGUUUAGUAGCUAGUUAUGUAGCUGGUAACUAUCUGAGUUGGCCAUGGCACGCAGUUUACGCCACUAUUUACCCUUUAGGAAUGCUGUGUGUUGUUGGAGCUCUCCAUGAAACACCAACAUGGUUAUCACUGAAAGGCCGCCAUGAAGCUGCUAUGAUUGCUUAUGUAUUUUUCCGACAAACUCCUCCAGAAUCAGCGCCUAUCAUCGUUAAAGAAAAUCAAUCCGAUAACUGUUUAGACUCAUUCUCCAGUUUUCGCAGUCCAUCAAUUUAUAAACCUUUUCUCCUUGUUCUAUUCAUUAUGUUUGGACAACAAUUCUCAGGGAUAAAUGCCGUUCUUUUUUACACCGUUGAUAUCUUCCAUUCAUCAGGAUCUACUAUCAAUGAUAAUUUGGCAACCAUUAUCAUUGGUGUAAUUCAAGUGAUUGCUACGUUUAUUGCUUGUAUUUUGACUGAUCGCUUGGGCCGUCGUUUUCUCCUUAUUGCUUCCGGAAUUUUCAUGGGUUUAUCUUUACUUGUUUUAACUCUUUAUUACCAUUUAUCAGACGUUCAUGGUAAAUCCUUCAGUGAUUCGUAUGGUUGGCUUCCUCUUACCUCUCUCGCUAUCUAUACUUCGGCCUUCUCUCUGGGUUUUGGACCUCUUCCAUGGCUACUUAUGAGUGAAUUACUUCCUGCUCAAGUUAAAGGUGUCGCAUCCGGAAUAGCUACUGCAUUCAAUUGGUUAGGUUGUUUCAUUGUUUCCAAAGAAUUCGCUUCUUAUCAAGAUUUGGUUGGUAAAGCUGGAACUUUUGGUACUUUUGGUACAAUUUGUAUAAUAUGUGCUCUCAUAGUAGCAUGGAUUCUUCCAGAAACAAAAGGCAAAUCUCUCCAAGAAAUUCAAAGAAUCUUUUCACCCAAAGAGCCAAAGAUUUAAAAUUAUUAUCCUACAAUAUCCUUUGGUAUCACUUCUCCGACUUGAUGUUACUUUAAUUUAUACAUUCGCAAUUUUGUUAGGUAUUGUGAAAAUUUUGCCCAUUUUAGUCAAAAAGAAAAAGUUUUGGAACUUUCAUUUACAACGCUGAUACUCAAUAUGAUUUUCCUGUGACAGCUUCUGCUUCUCUCCUCAUUAUCUGCCAAUACUCAAUAUUGAAUUUCUUGCCAUUCAGACGUGAAUGUUUUAUGUCAAUUGUAACCUUUUGGAGAUCCGAGAAACCAACAUAAUCGAUCAAACUAGUCAUACAAAAAUCAAAUCUAACAAAAAAAACAAGGAAACUUUGGUAUUGACAUUCCAAAUUAAAAAGAAAUUAUUUCAUCGAAAAACUGCUCAUCAUUAAAUGAAUUACGUUUUUCUACAUCUUUUUUUGAGGUGGAAUAUUGUUUAUUUUUACUGUUAUACUGCUUGACUGUCCAAUGAGAUUCUGAAUGAUCUGUGUUUUUAAACUCAAAUUGUAAAGUCACAUUUUUACCCUCAAUUUUAUUGUAAAACUCAAUUCAAAGAAAAAAAUAUACUCAAGUGAAAAUUGAA